CCAAAGUGCAGAGCCCUUGUGUCUGAGUAAAAUAUGAUGGUCUUCAACAAAUUUUCUCCUAGCAAGUCGAUUAGAAUACUAAACUGUCAAGUAAAGUUUUCCAACAACUAAAUAUAUAUAUUGCAUAGUUGGAGUAGGUAAAUGUCCAUUUUACUCAAAAGUAUAACUCAACCAUAAUCCAUUAAUCUUCAUCUCAAGCAUAUUCAUUUUCACCGGAUUAGAAAAAAAUUUGAAGACAGAAAUGGCUGAGUUCUUAGGGAAAGCUGUCACCUUCGUUGAAGAGACGGCAACAGUUACCAUCAUGACGCCGGUGAAUCUUAUAGGAGAGACGGCAACACAAACCGUCACGACUGCACAGACGGUAACACAAACCAUCAUGAGGCCUGUCAAUUUUAUUGGAGAGACGGUAACACAUACCGUCAUGACACCGGUGAAUUUCAUCGAAGGUAUAGUAGCACAAGCUGUAAAGAAACCAGAAGCAACAGUGCAUGAUGUAACUGUCAAGAGUAUUAGCUUUGAUUCAGUUACGUUUCUUGCUAAAGUUUCUGUAAGCAAUCCAUAUGUCACACCUAUUCCUAUCGGCGAGGUUAACUACAUCCUCAAGAGCGGUGACAGUAUUAUGGCGUCGGGGAAAAUACCGGAUCCAGGAUUGCUGAUGCCAAUGAGCUUGACGUUGCUUGUGAUCGAAGUGAAAGUUCCGUACAGUGUUGUGUAUACUCUACUGCGCGAUGUGAGCACCGGAUGGGCUAUUCCUUAUGAAUUGCAACUUUGUUUUACUUUUAAAAUUCCUGUGAUAGGAGAUAUAACAAUCCCAAUCACAGAAAAAGGAGAACUCAAACUCCCUACCAUCUCCGAAGUCUUGCAUGGCAGCAAAAAGGAAGACAAAAGUUGGUUCUCUCUCAAAAAUUGGAUGUGAGAAAACUGUAUUGUAAUCUUACUUUGUGUUGCUCUUUGUUCUUCAAAGUAUAAUAAAGAAACUCCAUUUCAGUGAA